AUGGAUGAUCACAUUUAAUAAGCAUGGUAAUUUUACAGAAAGUUAGGAUCACCUAAAUUUAUUUGUAUCUCCAUUAACUUAUCAUAGGUGCCCCUAUGGUUGAUUAAAGUGAACUUGCAUUUAGAAUGAUAACUAGAAAAUAUGGAACAACAUUAGCUUACACUCCUAUGUUACAUAGUAGAAUCAUGACUGAAUCUAAAUCAUACAAAGAAGAAUUCUUUACUACUUGCCCAGAAGACAGACCUUUGUUUGCCUAAUUAUGUGGACAUGAUCCCCAAUUCUUAAUUAAAGCAGCAUAAAUGAUUUAAGAUCAAUGUGAUGCCAUCGAUAUCAAUCUUGGUUGUCCUUAAGGAAUUGCAAAGAAAGGCCUUUAUGGAGCUUAUCUUUUAGAAAAGAGAGAAUAAGUUCUGUAAAUUCACUCAUUUAAAUCAUAGAACCAUUGUGAAAGAGUUAAAAUAAAAUAUUAAAGUUCCAGUUACUUGCAAAAUCAGAGUAUUCAAAGAUCGAAAUAGAACUCUUGAUUUAGCCAAAGAUAUUUAAUAAGCUGGAUGCUCUAUUCUUACUGUUCAUGGAAGAACUAAAGAGCAAAAUAAAGACUUUGUUGGUCAAUGCAAUUGGACAAUUAUAGCAGAAAUUAAACAACAACUACAAAUUCCUGUCUUUGCUAAUGGAGGCAUAUACACUUGGUCUGAUGUUGAAAGAUGUCUCCAAGAGACUAAAGUAGAUGCAGUCAUGUCUUCUGAAGCUCUCUUAGAAAAUCCUGCUCUUUUUUCUGGUUAAAUUAAAGAUUUAAAUGACUUGGCUUUGGAAUAUAUGUAAUUUGCCAAGUAAUAUGAUGCCAGAAUAGUUGAGAUCAAAGCACAUUUAUUUAAACUCCUUUAUACAGGGUUACAGACACAUGUUGGUAAUCUAGCAGUUUUAUUUUUAGACCAAAGAUCUAAGCUAGCUUCUGCAAAAACAUAUGAAGAGCAUUUAGAAGUAGUCAUUGAAUUAAAAAACAAAAGAGCUGAUGUUCCCAAAGAAAAUAAAUUUGGUUGGUAUAAAAGAUAUUAAAACUUUAAAUAACCUUAAGAUAAAAUAAAGGAUGAUGAAAAAUAGGAAAAUAUCCUUUAAUAGUAGGAUUUGUUGUUAAUAAAUUAUGAUACAUAAUGAU